UGUAUCUAGGACACGUGACUUUACCCCCAAAUAAACUGAAUUGAUUGAAUAAAAGCUUAUAUUCCCUGGUUCUAUCUCCCAUUUAUUGAAAGGAAAUGAUUGUUGUUUUAAACCGUCCAGUGGUGCUUAAAUGCCUGAAUUGCUAUACUAAGUGAUAAUUAUUUUUUGAAAACUAUAGUGUAAAUAGAAGAAAAACUGCACAUCGUUAUGCUUGAGAACAGUGAACAAUUGGAGAAGUUUUAGCAAAUUGAUAUUUUGACACUGACAAAAUCGACAGGAAAAUGGCGUCCGUAGGAUUUCGAUACGGUAUGGGGACUGUGUUAGCCAUUGUUGGCGCUUUGUCGAUGAUCUUGAACAUCUUUCUCUUCUUUGUGUGUGUGAGAAGAAGUCGCCUCCGAAAGCCACCUCACUAUUUCCUCAUGUCCCUGGCAUUGGUCGACAUUAUAGCCGUUCUGGGGUGGUCGUCGUUGACGGUGGUUUCUUUAUUCAGUGACGGUUGGAUUUUGCCCACUGAGGUCUGCAAGGUUCAGGAAUACAUCAUGUCCAUGUAUCUGUAUCUGAACUCUCACACGUUUGUCCUGUUGGCCUUUGAGCGGUUCCUGCUGUUUCUGCGCCCGUCCAAACAUUCCGAAAUCUUCAUUAACAGUGUCGUUCUAAUCAUGAUGCUAGCCAUCUGGAUCUUUGACGGGGUUAUGUCCGCCUUUCCUUACUUUGGAUGGGGGACCGUGAGUUACUUUUCCAGUCAGUUUCAAUGUGCUAUGGAUCACGAGAAGAACAUCAGAGAAACAAAUUUUGUGACAGUGAUGUGCUUCGGAAUUCCGAUUUCUUUAUGCUUGGGACUGUAUUUGUUUAUUUUCAUAAUGAUACGGAAAAUCAAACGAAGGGAGGACGACAAUGGCGCCCUCAUUGUGGAGAGAAACAACAGAGCCAUUGGCGAUUCCUACUCACAAAGACUCAAAAACCAACAGCUGAAAUUCCAAAACGCCGGAACCAAAGCGGUCAAACCAAACAUCGGCAAAAAAUUCACCUACACAGAAGAUGGUUACGUCAGUAACGACUCUUCUGAUGACGAAAACACAGAAAGUAAUGUCCAGAAGGGAACUCCAAAGCAAGUUGUCAGACAGAAGAAAGUGUAUCACAUGGCAAAAAAUGACUCCUUGCUCAUGAAAACAUACGUCUUCAUGACGAUUUUAUUUUUUCUCCUUUGGCUCCCAUACCUGAUCGUCACAUACAUUUUCCUGAAGAAUCGAUAUGCAGAUAUCAGUGACGAAAUCGUUUUCGUGGUCGUCUUUCUGUGUCAGUGUACAACGUUCAUUAAACCUGUGGUGUACGUCACAUACAAUACUCACUUUAGAAAACACGUGGUGAAAUGUUUCUGUCGCAAAUCUUCAAGUAAUGAGAUAAAAUCAGACACCGGUGAGCGUGGCUUUGACAAUACCGCCCUGGAAUAAUAAUGUCUGGUGAAUAUUCGUAAUAUUUUAAUAUAGUAUAUAUGUAUUACAUGUCCAUAAGUGUACUCUAAGUUUUUAAAAUUAUUGACUUUUUGUAAAAUCAACGCAAAGUAAAUAUUCAUGUAACAAGCAAUAUAAUAGAUACAUGAGUAUGAUUGUAAUAAAACUCAAUUCUAACAAAUAUUUACAUUUUCCAUU